CUGGCAGCGUGAACGCUAAGCCCGUGUCCUCCGUCCAUCUACCUUUCUCGUACCCGACCAGCCUGUAUCAGCCAUGACGAAGCCCAAGCCUCUUCCAGCAAGCGCAACGUAUCGUAUCAAAGCGACUGAAGAGGCCGAAAUUCUCCGGAAACGUCUCAACGCUCUCCUUGCCAUCCCAAAGGAAGGCUCCCGAGAUGAAGUUCAAGCGAUAUUGGCUGCCGCAGAGAAGAUCGGUGACAAGAUAGAGGUAGAGGCAGGAGAAGUAAAGUACGAGGACGACGACGAGGAAGCAUAUAAGGACGACAGCGACGAAGCAGAUGAUUUAGAGGACGAGGAAGAUUCGGAUGAGGGGGACGACCAAUCGGAUUACGGAGAGAAUGUAGCAGGUGAUCCCUCCGAUGACCAACCGGAUCGAGACUCCCCGCCUCCCUACAGCUACGAAGCCAUCGGAUUUCUCGGGAACGUGCCAAGAACCACCAAAGAGCUGGUUGAUAACGCUAUAGGGAGGUACUCCAGCGAAGCCAUUGAAUGGCUCGAUUGGUGGUUGGAUCAUAAUCCUCCUACGCCUGAGGCUUCACAGGCGGCACACGAAUCUUACCCUUGGAUCAUGAACACGUUGGCUUCAUACAAUACCCCGUUCCGUCUAGAGCCGAAUCCCGAAGGCCCCCAACGCUUACGACACGAAGGCUGGAGCAGUUUCUCCCACCAUCUGCUUCAGGGCAACCGAUUCGAAUCGAUCCAUGCUAUUGCCUUCACCUUGAACCCCACGCUCGCUGAAGCCUAUGUCGACCAGAGUCAAAGAGGAGAAGGGUUCAUUCCGGCCGAAACCAUUCUAGACUGCCUCCAAUCGGACAAGACGCUCCUCGAUUCAUGCGGUAUUUAUGGACUGCGGAUCAACACUCAGGCUACGGCUCCACUCUACAUCGGCAGGAGCGUCAAUAUAUCCAACUGACUGAAAGAGCAUGUCAACAAGAAUAGAAAUGGAGUUAACCGUUUCGUACGGG